AUGUAUCAAAGUGGUGUAAUGGUGGCUGCGUUAUUCAUUUUCACUAAAAUCAAUGCCGAGUCCUCAGAAGAUUCACAGACCUUCACCUAUUAUGCACCACCAACAUUGAAUUUUCAAGACAUCUAUGCGAACAAUCUUGCCUUAUUAACAGAAGACUCAACCAUGAGUAAUUUGUUAGACGACGAACCGUUUCACAUCAAAAACGUGCCAGCAGAAUUUGUAGAAUUUAAUCCUCAAAGUGUUACGGCUCCAUCAUUAACAUCACUCUCUUCAAAACACAGCCUGAACUCUACUUCCAGUAAGAAUAAUACUGCAGCGAUAACCACCCCGCUGAGAACCACGUCCACAACAGAAGAACCAGAGUCAACUGUCAAAGUUCUUCCUAUUGUCAAGAGCAAUAAGUACCAAAGAGGAGUUUUAGACCUCUUGUUUCCAGCCACGAGGGUCAAAAACUUUAAAUCUGUUUUUGAUACUGUUCGGCGGUUGCUAUCUCACACAUUUUAG